AUGAAGUCCCCUCGCUCAACGAAAGAAGUUCAACGAUUAACUGGAAUGGUAGCCGCACUUAACAGGUUCGUUGCUCGCGCAACUGAUAAAUGUCAACCAUUCUUUCAAGCUAUCAAGAAGGGAAAAGAUUUUGUGUGGGAAGAAAAAUGUGAAAAAGCAUUCAACGACCUUAAGGCAUAUUUGGGUAAGCCUCCGCUCCUUACAAAGCCAAAGCUCAGUGAAGAACUCUAUCUCUAUCUUGCAGUGUCUGAGCAUGUAGUUAGUGCAGUAUUGAUUCGAGAAGAAGAAAAAGUGCAAUGGCCGAUUUACUAUGUUAGCAAAGCCCUGCUAGAUGCGGAAACACAUUAUCCUGAAAUGGAAAAGGUGUUACAGAUCAUGACUUCACGAAAGCUACGACCAUACUUUCAAUCUCAUCCGAUAAUAGUCUUAACGAGUCAUCCUUUGAGGCAAGUCCUUCAAAAGCCAGAUAUGUCUGGGCGACUAGCAAAGUGGUCAAUUGAGUUGGGGGAGUUUGAAGUGAAAUACAAACCGAGGACGGCCAUUAAAGGACAAGCAUUAGCACAUUUUGUAGCAGAGUUUUCCUAUCCAGUAGUGGUGGAAGAUGAAGAAGUCACGAUUUCGGUUCCGCAACGUAAAGUUCUAGAAGAUCCACAAUCAAGUCAAGCCUCAAUUCUCAAAAAACCAUUUGGCCCGGUGUGGCAGUUGUAUGUGGAUGGAGCAUCGAAUGUUAAUGGGUGCGGGACAGGGCUGAUUUUGAUAAGCCCAAAAAAUGAUAGGAUUCGCUAUGCCUUGCGGUUUGCUUUCAAAGUUUCCAACAAUGAAGCUGAGUAUGAGGCAUUACUUGCAGGACUAAGGCUUGCUCAAGAAUUGCAGAUUGAAAAUUUAAAGAUAUAUAGCGAUUCUCAGUUGAUAGUGAACCAAGUCCGAGAAGAAUUUCAAGCAAAAGGGGAGAACAUGGCUUUGUAUUUGCAAAAAGUGAAAGAUCAACUUGAGAAAUUUAAGUGGCAUGAGUUAGAGCAAGUACCCCGAGCCGCAAAUAUGGAAGCAGAUUGUCUUGCUCGCAUGGCAUCAGGAAUGGAUGAGGAUCAACUUGGGAAUGUGCCAAUUAAGGUCCUAGAGCAAUCAAGUAUAGCUAAGCAUGUUGAAGUCUGUGCAUUAAGCCCCAAAGAUGCAAGUUCAUGGAUUACUCCAAUAUUCCUCUACUUGUCAACAGGAGAAUUACCCACAGAGAAAAAUGAGGCGAGGAGGCUUAGGUGUUUAAACAAAGAUGAAGCCAAUUACGUGAUGAGGGAAAUUCAUGAAGGAAUUUGCGGAAAUCACUCGGGCGGAAGAUCACUAUCAUAUAAGGCACUUCGCCAAGGGUAUUAUUGGCCUACCAUGCUAAAAGAUGCGAUGGAGUUAGUUAAAGUUUGCGAUAAGUGUCAACAUUUUUCACAUAUCCCAAGGCAACCAGGAGAACCUUUGACCUCUAUUUCAAGCCCAUGGCCAUUUGCUAUGUGGGGAAUCGACAUCAUUGGACCACUCCCACUCGCCAAUGGAAGAUACAAGUAUGCAAUCGUCGCAAUUGACUACUUUACCAAAUGGGUGGAGGCUCAAGAAUUGCCGCGAAUCACCGAAGCAAAUGUAACCAACUUCAUUUGGAAAUCAAUCAUCUGUAGAUUUGGAAUACCUCAUUCGAUCAUCACUGAUAAUGCUCGACAAUUCGAUAAUGAAGAAUUAAAGAGCAUAUGUAGACAAAUGGGGAUCCAAAAGAGCUUCUCUUCUCCUGAGCAUCCGCAAGCCAAUGGUCUGGUUGAGGUUGUGAAUAAAACUAUAAAGGAAAAUCUGACCUAUACUGGUGAGACACCAUUUUCUAUGGCGUAUGGAGUGGAGUCAGUGAUCCCGGCAGAAGUCGGAAUGCCCACAUAUCGAGUCGAAGCCUAUGACAAAGAUCAGAAUAAUGAGGAGCUUUGCACUGAUCUCGAUCUUGUGGAAGAAAAGAGAGAACAAGCAACCAUCCGUGCAGCUGUAUACCAACAGGCAACGGCCCGGUACUACAACACAAGGGUUAAGGAAUGA